GGAAAUUUAUUAAGACUUUUUAAUUUUAAAAAUAAGGCCUAAAAAUUUAUUUUAUUCUGGUUUGUAGUUGUUCCAUUCUGAAAGUGUAAAAAUAACUUGUAUAUAAAAAGUGUCUAGCAAGAUAUUUGCAGGCAUGUGUAUUUUUUUUUAUGUAUGUAUAUAGUGUAAUUUUAAUAAUUAUUAUAUUAGUCAAAAAGAUAAAUAGUUUUUCCUAAAAUAAAAGUAAUUGUAAUAAAAUAAUAUCUCAAGAAAAAUUCUUAAGGGUAAUUAAAUUUUAAUGGAAUGUAAAACGCGGCUUUAAAAACAACAAAAAUAUAAAAAAGAUAGAAAAGACUUUUUUUGUGAUAUGAAUUGUACUAGUCUUUUUGAAAAUGAAGUAGAUGAAAAUUUGUUAUUGUUUCUAUCUGUCUUUUUCUGUCAAUUCUGCACAUAAUUAGAAAAGGAAAGACAUAUGUGUUUGACAAUAAAGAGAUGAGAUGAGAAAUGUUGAAGCCGAAACGAAAAAUCCGGGAACCAUUUUUUAAAUGUGUACUCUGAAAUAAAAUAAAAAUUUACUAAAUAAUAAUAGAUUUUAAUGGUUAUUAAUUGUGGAAAUUUAUAAAGAAUUGAUUGAUUAAAAGUUUUAUUAUAUAUUUUUCAUCAUUAUUUUAUUGUGAAGUAUAAUAAGAGUGUUAAAAAAUACGAAUGAAAAUUUCUGAAGUGAAAAUCGCCAUUAUUGCCACUGUGCAUAAUGGCUCGGGUGUUGGCGUUAUUUUUUUAGACGUGAAAGAUUUUCUUUUUUAAUUUUGGAUUUUUUUUUCUCAUUAUUUAAGUGUAAUUUGUAAAUGUAUGUAGUAAUAUAAAAAAAAAUUAAUAUUUUUAAAUAUAAAAUAGAAAUUCAUAUUAAAAUAACGAAAUAAAAAUAGUAUGAAAGAUUGAAACAUUGGUGUAAUCACUAUCUAAUAAAAACGACUGCAAAUUGCCCAAGUAGACAUUGGGUUUCCUAUGAAAAAAAGAAAAAAAAAGUAAUUAAAAGUUUAAAAGAUUCUAAUAAAGAAAAAAGCAUUUAUUAAACAUAAAAAAAUUGUGUAUAUGAGAGUAUUAUAAGAGUUGUAUUGUUUUUUCUAUCUACCUUUUGGAAAUUAAUUUAAAAAUUAAAUAGACUAAUUAAAAAAAUGAAACUUUUAUAUAUGAAAAACAACAACAAAAACACUAGCAACACGAACAUGAAAGGCAACAACAAAAACACUUAAUAUGAUAUUACUCUUGGAUGUAGUAGGAUUUGUCUUCGCCAUAAUCGCCAUGUAUCGUUUUGCAGUUGUUCUGCGCCGCAUCGAUUGAUUUUUUUAUUCAAAAAAAAAAUCUCGAGCUCUACAUAGCUAUAUAACAAAUUAUAAGAUAUUUCUUUUUUUUAAUUAUAACUACAUAUAUUUAACACAUCUAUAUAAAAAAGGAUAUAAAAAAUAGUGCAAAUAAAAAAAUUGAAAAAUAUCUACACCCAAAUUUGGUAAAAAAAAAUUAGAUAUAAUUGAUAUAUAAUUGAAAAAAACAUUAGUUCUCAAAAACUUGUAUAGAUAUAGACAUACAUACAGUGUAUAUGAAUAUAACAGUUCCAAACUGACAUUAAAGUUGUAAUUUUCUGUGUCUAAAAAAGAAACUAUUUUUCAUAUAAAAUAAACAACAAAAAAUAACUUUUUUUUUGGAUGGUUAAAAAAUAAUGGCACAGCAGCAAACAGAAAAUGUAAGUGAAGUGAAUAACAUAAAUUCGGAAGAUUCAAAUAAAAAUAAUGUUAAUAAUAGUAACACAAUACAAAACGGAACAGAUAUCACGAAACAACCUGGACACGGAUCCGGACAACAACAAUGUAAUCAACCACAAUUGCAUCAACAGACACAUUCACAAAUGCAAAAUACUCGCCAAAUGCAUCCACAACAACAAACAGCACAGCAACAAACUUCACAACAAAAUUCAUCAAAUAUGAGUGAAAAAUUUUCUGCGUCUAAAUCACCAAAUCAACAAAAUAAUCCGGGAGGUGUACCUGUAAGUGGUGGACCGCCCGGCAGUAGUAAUAUAAUUUCAAAUAACGGUAGUGAAUCUCAACAUAGUAUAUAUGGGGGUGGAGAAAUUCCAGGUGGAAUUCCACCCCCUUCACAUUACGGUAUGCCGCAACCCCCAGGGGGUGGAAGUCAUCACAAUCCUGUUGGUGAACAAAAAGAUAUAGACCCAUAUGGCCACGCUAGUUAUAGUAGAUAUCAUCAAGGAGGUGAUCCAAACAAUCCAGAACAAUAUAGAUAUGCUCAUACUCCGAUAUUACCUGGAAAACCAAGUAGUAUUAUGUCACCGAAUAGGCCUCCACAAAGAUACGUGCCUGGUCAACAAAUACAAGGUCCUACACCAACUCUAAACUCGUUAUUACAAUCACAUCCACCACCGGGCCAACAACGUUAUCCUAAUAAUUAUGAAGGACAACCACAACCUGGAGGACCGUCUGGGCAGCCACAACAAUAUGGACCACAAGGUUGGAGUCAUCAACCUAGGCCGUACAGCCCCCAAAUGGGACAAUCAUAUAGAACUCCAUCACCGGGAAAUGCUGGACGUGGUCAAUCGGGAUAUCCUGUUCCGCCAUCUCAAGCUAGUGGUUCAUAUCCACCAUCACCUCAACAAAGUCUUUCUCAUCCGCCUUCACAGGGGCCAGUUUCUUCUCAAUAUGCUGCACCUUAUCCACCACGAUAUUCCACACCACCUGGUGCAGCAGGACCUAAUCAUAGAUCCCAAUAUUCAGCACAGUAUUCCGACAGUAGUCGUUCGUGGACUGGUCCUAGUAAUUCAUCACCAGCUGUCAGCCCAGGGCCCACAGGUCAUCCUAAUGCACCACCAUCCCCACAUCAAGUGCAACAUAGUUCUAUACCACCACCGAGUAGUCCAGGACAUGUUCCGUGUGCAUCUCCUCAGCCUCCACAAGCUUCUUCAUCUCCUCAUCAGGAAAUGGUUGGUCAAAAUAGUAAUGACAGCUCAAGCGGUGGCGGAAAUAGUAAUAAUGCACAAUCUGCAAUGAGACCAACUCCAUCACCUACUGGGUCAUCCGGCUCACGGUCAAUGUCUCCAGCAGUUGGACAACAAAACAUUCCAGUUUCAUCAAGGGGACCUAUCGCUAAUCAAUUAAAUCCCUCACCUAUUAGCUUAAUGUCUUCUCAUUUAAGUGGAAAUGUACUAGGAGGUGGUGGAGGAGUUGGUAUUGGAAAUAGUCCCACAACGUUACAGCAACAUCAACAGCAAUUACAACAACAUCAAAUAUCAAAUGUACAUUCACAAAACCAACAACAAUCACAACAGCAAACCGUACCUCAAAUAUCUGAAUCUAUGACUGGCCCUAUAAUAAGCCGGGCCCCACUUAUUUCUACACAAACAUCAUUAACGCAGUCACAGCAACAACAAAUAGUAUCAUCACACUCUCAGGCGCCAACAUCAAUUUUAACACCAAGUGGGACAAUGUCAACCCAGCAGCAGCAAAGUGUUUAUCAAUCACCGCCUCCACCUCCACAAAAUGUAUCUCAUAUGCAUGGUGGUUUCAAAAUGAGUUCUAACAGCAGUAAUUCCUCUGGUCAAGGGAAUGUUGGAAGUGGUGUUAACGUAGUUGGUGGGCCACCAAAUCCUCAAAACAUUUCACCUUAUUCACCAUCACAACCAUAUUCACAAGGAAGCUAUGCACCCCGUCCGCCAUAUCCAACCGGAGGUUAUUCUUCAGGUCCAAGUACUGGAAAUCAACAUGCACCUGGGAGUAAUUUGCCACAAGGAAAUAACCAAUAUGGGCGCCCAAUGCCAAAUCAUGUUAGCGGUCCACAUCCACCAUUUCCAUAUAAUCAAGGUGGUUGGGGUGCUCCCUCAUCACCUCAGACAUCAAGUGGUAUGAUGCCAAAUCAUAAUCAAAAUAAGGGCUCUCCUAUACCAUCACAAAGUUCAAUGGGGUCACCACGUCCGCCACUGAACUAUUUAAAACAACAUUUGCAACAUAAAGGGGGUUAUGCAGGUGCACCAAGUCCGACUCCGCCACCACAAAGCUUCGGCAAUGGUUCUGGAGGUAUGCAUCCGCCAAUGGGUCCUCCACAUCACAUGGGACCACCACAUGGACCACCUGCAAGCGCAAUGGGCCCGCCACCAUCUGCCCCGCAAAACACUCCACCUCCACCAGGACCACCACAAGGUCCGCCACCACCUCCGCCAACGACAAAUCAACAAUCGAAUAUGGUAGACAAUUCUUUGGCUGCUGAACACAAUAAUGUAUCGCAGGAUAAUAGUGGUAGUUCUUCUUCAACGUUAAGCUCACAGCAUCCUGUAACUUCUGUCGUUACGACUGGACCCGAUGGUGCUCCGCUAGACGAAGCUAGCCAACAAAGCACUAUAUCUAAUACGUCUGCUGCUUCAACAGAAGAUCCACAAUGCGCAACACCUAAGUCAUCAAGAAAAAAUGAUCCUUAUAGUCACGGUCAUUUGCCCCCUCCAAAUGCGUCGCCACAUACAGGUGCCGGUGCAGGGGAAGAUUUUGAAAUGCAUUCACCAGGAAAUUGGUCACGUACUGCAGCUAGUCCUGUAUUUAACCAUGUUCCACCACAAGAUAGUUUUAGAUCGACAACUUCAACCAAGAAGUCCGAUAGUCUAUGUAAACUUUAUGAAAUGGAUGAAAAUCCUGAAAGACGUCCAUGGCUUGACAAAUUAUUAAGUUUUAUGGAAGAAAGACGAACACCUAUAACAGCUUGCCCCACAAUAUCGAAACAGCCGCUUGAUUUAUAUAGGUUAUAUAUAUAUGUUAAAGAACGUGGAGGCUUCGUCGAGGUAUGCAAGGUUACAAAAAGUAAAACCUGGAAAGAUAUAGCAGGUUUACUAGGAAUAGGAGCUAGUAGCAGUGCAGCGUACACAUUACGUAAACAUUAUACAAAAAAUUUAUUAGCCUACGAAUGUCAUUAUGAUAGAGGUGGGAUUGAUCCAUUACCUAUCAUUCAGCAAGUUGAAGCUGGUUCAAAGAAGAAAGCGACAAAACCUACUUCUGUUCCAUCACCAGCCGGUUCAUCUAAUUCUCAAGAUUCUUUUCCACCAAAUGUUUCUGGAAACGUAUCGAUGGAUGGAUAUUCAAAUUACUCUAGUAAUUAUCCACCAAGCGCACAACCGGACUUUAAUGCCACAGCACAGCGACCACCGUCACAAAACAACGCACAGACAUCACAUCCUGGUGCUCCAUAUCAACCUCAGCCAAAUUUCAAUCAAUAUGGUACCCCAGAGCAAUAUGCCGGUGGACCACCUAAUCAGUAUCCUCAAACUCAAAACCAAUUUCCGCCACCCAAUCGAAAUAUGUUCGCGCCAUAUGGCCCCGAAACUGAUGCAAGCGGUACAACGCCAAAUGCUUUCACACCCUAUGGACCUAGACCUUAUAAUCAACCUCCUGUAAGUAACACACAGACAUCAACUACAUCAGCAACCAAUACAGUUAAUCCUCCAGCAGCUACAACUUAUUCCACUCAGCCUCCAUCUCAAGACUACUAUAGACAGCAAGCUGAACAAAAUCAGCCAAGGAGACAUCCUGAUUUUGUAAAAGAUGCUCAACCUUAUCCGGGAUAUGUACAAAGGCCUCCAAUGUAUGGAGGUUGGCAAGGAAGUCCGCAACAAUAUAGGAAUCAAUAUCCUUCACAGCAGGCACCACCACAACAACAAUGGAAUAGCCCUCGACCACCUGCAGGUCCACCACUGCAAUCUGCAGCUCAGCAACAACAGCAGCAGCAACAAGCACAAGCACAACAACAGCAGCCGCCUCAGCAGCAACCACCACAAACUGCAAGCGGCACUCCAAGUCAAUGGGAUCACCAGCCACAACCACAGGCGCAGCAACCUCCAAUUCGCUAUCAUCCUCCACAAGGACCGUCACAGCAACCGUCACCAUAUCAAACAAAUCAGCAACCGCCACAACAACAACAACAACAACAGCAGCAGCAGCAAUCGCCGCAGCAGCAACAGCAACCACAACAACAACAACAACAGCAACAGCCGCAACAACAGCCGCAACCAGCACCUGCAGGUCCGCCUGGCGGUCCUCCAAUGCCACAAUGGAACCAACAAGGUCCUAAUUCACAACAACAGCAAUUGCAAAUUCCACAGCCACAGCCGCCGCAGCCGCAACCAUCGCCGCUACCUAUGUCUAACGCUACAUCAUCACCGUUGAGACCAUCACACCGUGUUGUGAGUGGCGUUCCGCCACCCAGUGGGAAACCAUCAUUUAGCAUGCCACCUCCUCAACAGCAAAUGGUGGCACCAGGUAAACCAAUGCCAUCAGCUGUGCAUCAAUCUCAACAAGUUAUGAGUGGUCCACCAGUGCCACCUCACGCACAACCUCAAAAUUUUCCUUCUGCUGCAGCUAAUCAAAUUCAAAAGCGGGAAAUUGUUUUUCCUCCAGAUAGUGUUGAAUCAACUACACCAGUUUUAUAUAAAAGAAAACGUUUAGCUAAAAGCGAUGUUUGUCCAGUUGAUCCAUGGCGAAUAUUUAUGUCAUUAAGAUCUGGGCUUUUAGCUGAGAGUACAUGGGCUUUAGAUAUAUUAAAUGUUUUAUUAUUUGAUGAUCAUGCUGUUCAAUAUUUUGGUUUAUCGCAUUUACCAGGAUUACUAAAUUUAUUAUUAGAACAUUUACAGAAAGCAUUAAUAGAAAUGUUUAGGAAUGAAAAUGAUUCAUAUGAAUGUAAUAAAUUAAUUGAAGGGGGUUGUUCUGCAAAUAAUAAUAUUGAAAAUUAUGUAGACAUUGGCCAAAUUAGCAGUAUUCCAAAUUCUGACGAUCGUGUCGUUAUAUUAAACACAACACAAAAUUAUACUUUAAUGUCCCGAAAAGGUAUACCUGUUCGAAUACAAAAUGCUGAUAACGACAUAUUUGUAUCAGAUUCACCGAAGAGUUGGGAUUUUGAUUCCAACAAAAAUUUUCAAACGGAAACACCAGAUUGUAGUGAUGCUUGGACAUACGGCUAUACAGAACGUUUUCCUCAUAGAGGAAUUAUUGACAUAUUCAAAAGCGAUAUUGUUGACAUUCCAUUUGCUCGAUACUUAAAAUCUGACAAUAACAUUAAAGAGAACUUAAAACGACCGUCUAUAGAUAAAUGUAGUGAUUUUGGUGAUUAUAAUAAAAAAAUAAGAAGUAGUAGCAAUAAUAAUAAUAACAUCAGCAAUGAUAUUAGUAAAUCUGUUAGUAUUAAAGAAGAAACGAUAGAUGCUGUUGAACAAAAAUAUGAGAGAAAAGAAACAACGAAGCAAGAGGAUAAUAAAAACACAUCUAAAACGUAUGAACAAAAAAAUGGUAGUACUAGUAGUGAGAAGAAAUCAUUUGAUCCAAAAACAACAGUUAAGGAUCCGGCAACGAUUUUAAAGCGACGACGAUUAAGUGAUUAUGAAGAUGAAUGUUAUACAAGAGACGAGUCUAGUUUAUAUUUAGUUAAAGAUAGUCAAGAUGCUUUAGCUCGACGUUGUAUUUGUUUAUCAAACAUAUUUCGAAAUCUAACAUUUGUUCCUGGUAAUGAAGUUAUAUUAGCACGUUCACCAUCGUUUUUAGCAUUACUUGGCAAUUUGUUACUAUUAAAUCAUGAACAUGUUCUUCGGACGCAUAAGAAUCGAAAUUAUGAUCGCGAAGAAGAUACAGAUUUUGGUGAUUCAUGUAGUUCCUUGCAAGGUGAAAAAGAGUGGUGGUGGGAGUAUUUGAUACAAAUUCGAGAAAAUAUGUUAGUUGCAAUUGCAAAUAUAGCGGGGCAUUUAGAGCUUUCUAAAUAUGAAGAAAUAAUUACAAGGCCAAUUUUGGAUGGUUUGUUGCAUUGGGCCGUGUGUCCAUCGGCUCAUGGACAGGAUCCGUUCCCAUCAUGUGGUCCAAAUUCAAAUUUAUCUCCUCAACGAUUAGCACUAGAAGCGUUGUGCAAACUAUGUGUUACAGAUGCAAACGUCGAUUUGGUAAUUGCAACACCACCAUUCUCACGUUUGGAAAAAUUAUGUUCUGUGUUAACAAGACACUUAUGUCGUAAUGAAGAUCAAGUAUUACGAGAGUUUUCAGUAAACUUAUUACAUUAUUUAGCAGCUGCUGAUAGUGCAAUGUCACGCACAGUUGCGCUACAAAGCCCAUGUAUUUCGUAUUUAGUAGCGUUUAUUGAACAGGCAGAACAAACCGCACUGGGCGUAGCUAACCAAAAUGGUAUUAAUUAUUUAAGAGAAAAUCCCGAUUCAAUGGGUACUAGUUUAGAUAUGUUGCGUCGUGCAGCUGGCACACUAUUACAUUUAGCAAAACAUCCAGAUAAUAGGCCAUUGUUUAUGCAACAAGAGCAACGAUUAUUAGGUCUUGUGAUGAGCCACAUUUUAGAUCAACAAGUCGCAUUAAUUAUAUCAAAAGUUUUAUUCCAAGUUUCACGUGGAUGUGGUGGUGGAAGUGGCAGUGGAACAGCGUCAUCUAGUGAAAAACUAUUACAAAAACAGAAACAUAUAAAUAGUGCAGCCGAAAGGUGCGCUCUUAAUUUACAAACUAUUAAUAAUUAUCGGAAUGAGAAAUUGAUGAAUAUUAAUAACUAUAAUAUGAGUAAUUUUAAUAAUAACAAUAGUAAUAUUAGCAAUAGUAAUAAUAAUAAUAACAAUAAUAAUAAUAAUAUUAAUAAUAAUAAUAAUAAUAAUAGUAAUAAUAAUAAUAAUAAUAAUAAUAAUAAUAAUAAUAAUAAUAAUAAUAAUAAUAAUAAUAAUAGUAAUAAUAAUAAUAAUAACAAUAAUGAAAAUAGUAAUAUUAAUAACAAUGAUAAUAACAAUAAUAGCAAUGAUCCAUCAUUAUUAUCACUGAAUAAUUCAAGUAAGAAAGUAGUAAAUGAACAAAAAAAUUCAGAUCUUGCGCCAAAUGAAGACGAAGUAGAAAAUGAAAAUGGCAAUAGCUCUGAUGCAAACGUGAAUUCGGCAGUUACGUCUGAAAAUGAAGUGUUAUCUAAUAUGGAUAUCAAAGACUCGGUGUCAAAUCAUAAAACUUCAACAUCGAGUUUUAAAGAUCAGGCAGAUUUUAAGGAUGAAAUACCCGAUGUCAAAGAUUGUGGCGAAGUAAAAACUGAAAUCAAAAAUAGUAUGAAAACUGAAAUAGCUGAAAUAACCACAGAAUCAUCAUUAGAAACAGGUACAUCCACAGCAGGUGAUGAGUCAAGCUCAGAUUCAAGCAGUGCAACUGUUGGGUGCAUUCCACCUUCAGACAUUAAUGCAGUUUCUUCAAUUGCUUCAGCAGAAAUUUCAACACUUAAAGAUGCGACACAAAAUAGUAAAGAAUUAAAUUUAGCAGACUCAUCCUCAACAAUGUCGACAUCAACGUCACCAUCAAUAACAACAACAAUUAAUAAUACAAAUAAUAUUGAAAAAUUUAAUAAUAGUAGUAAUAAUAACAAUAGCAGUAGUAAUAGCAGUAGUUCUAGUAGUUCUAAUAACAAUUCUAGUGGCAAUAGUAAUAGUAACGAAAAUGCCAAUCGAAAUCUUGCAACCUCCAUUACAAAUACUACGGCGGCAGAAGAGUAUUAUACAACAGAACAGCCAAUUAAUGAAGAAGAUGUCAUAACAACAACCACUGAAAAUGCUUUAUUACGUAAAGGUCCUGAAGAAUAUGGAAAACCUUAUCGUGAAGUUAAAGAUGGCAUAAGAUAUGAUCUUUUAGUGAAUGCAACAGAUGAAAAAAAUGUUACAAUAUUAUGUAAUUUAGUAAUACAUGAAAAAUCUUGGUUUGUAACACCAUGGGAUGAACGUUUACGUAUUUUAGAAAAAUCUAAUUGUUCAUCACAAACUGAAAUAAAAAAUUUUAAUGAAAAUUUUUCAGUUGAUCAAGCUCAUAUAGAUUUAACUUAUGAAAAUAAUACAAUAUUUAAUCCGGAAAAUAAAAAAAUAUCGAAAGGAACAUCUUUAGAUGAUAUUGAGGGUAUGAUAAUCGAAAAGACUACUGCAAUAUCACAGACUGAAGUUGAAAACAGUGCAGCCGAUUUAUCUGUUCGUAAUGAUAAUAAUGAAGAUUCUAGUCAACAUUUGAAUACAGAAUAUACAACUGAAGCACCAGUAAUACCAACAAAUUUACAUCAAACUGGCAAUCGAGAGAAAUUAAAAUCAAAUCUAGUUGGAUUACAAAAUAUGGCUUUAGUAUAUUUACCUAGACAAUUAACUUAUUCAAAAAUUAUUGAAGCAUAUCGAGAAGUCAUCAAUGGCGUACGAUAUGAUAUUUUAAUUCAAGCAAAUCGAAAUGAUAAUACUGAGAUUAUAUGUGAUAUUCAAGUUCAGGAGAAACCAUGGUUAUUAACACCAUGGGGAGAUAAAGUUCGUGUUUUGGAAAAAUCAAAUUAUCAAGCAACUUUAGAUGAAAAAUAUCCAAAUAAUACAUUAUUUAAUCCAACUGUCACAAAAACGAAACAACAUAGUCAACACAAUCAUAAUAUAGAUGGUGAUCAUUCUUUAAGAAAUAAACGUUCACCAAAGAAAUAUAAUUUAAAAAAGAGCACUGCAAAAUAUGGUUUGACAGAGUUUGCUGAUAUGACAACAACUGAAUAUAAGAUGAGAACUGGUUUAUUAUAUGAUCCCGAUAAUAAUGACAUUGGUAAUCCUAUUGCUAACAUUCCAAACAUAGAUUUACCAAAAGAAUUCGAUUGGAGAACUAAAAACGUUAUUACUGAGGUAAAAGACCAGGGUACUUGUGGUUCAUGCUGGGCAUUUAGUACUGUUGGAAAUAUUGAAGGUCUUCAUGCAAUAAAAGCAGGUCAACUUGAAGAAUACUCUGAGCAAGAAUUGGUUGAUUGUGACACCCUUGAUAAAGGAUGUCAAGGAGGAUUAAUGGACAAUGCUUAUAAAGCUAUUGAUCAACUUGGUGGUCUUGAAUUGGAAUCUGAAUAUCCUUAUGAAGCUCAUAAAGACAAAUGUUCUAUAGAUAAAUCAAAAAUUCGUGUUAAAGUAAAGGGUGGCAUCGAUUUUCCAAAAAAUGAAACAGCAAUGGCUUUAUGGUUAGUCAAAAAUGGACCGAUUUCUAUUGGUUUAAAUGCUAACGCAAUGAUGUUUUACAAAGGCGGUAUAUCACAUCCUUGGAAACUUUUAUGUCGUCCCGGAGCAAUAGAUCACGGUGUACUCAUAGUCGGUUUCGGAGUUGCAGAAUUUCCUGUUUACAAUAAAACACUUCCUUAUUGGAUAAUUAAGAAUUCAUGGGGAAAAAAUUGGGGCGAACAAGGUUAUUACCGUAUUUAUAGAGGUACAAAUGCAUGUGGCGUUAGUGAAAUGGCAAGUUCUGCUGUAUACGUACCAGACGCCAAUUCUGGGCGAUCACUUUUACUCAGUUCUUGUGAUAUAAAUUCGGAUAAGUCAUUUUUUAUAUCAACAGAUAAUUUCUCUGAUGAUGGAUUUCCGCUAUCCUUACAUGCUUCAAAACUAGUUCCUCGUACCGUUAUAACUUUGACGGGAUCCGUUGACUUUAAUUCAAUACCUUCAGAUUUAAUGUCAAUUAUUUCAGAGAUAGGAGAUACAUCUAGCUUUGCAGCAACCCUUGGAAGAACAUUUUUUCCUAUGGCCGUGGCGCCAGCUAAAAUGUGUGAAAACUUAAACUGGUUUUGCGCCGCUAAAAUCACAGGACAAACUGAUUCCGCAUUUGUUUUGAAAAAUGUGCAUUUGUGUAAUUUAGUUUUUAAGAGAUUUAAAAAAUUUGGAAUGGCAAAAUAUAAUGUUCCUGAAAAUCUUUUCGCUAAUGUCAAAUAUUUAGUAAUUGGAAAUCUCGACGACAACCUAGAAAAUUUAUUAAAACGGGGAGGAGCUCAAAGUCGUGCCUAUAUUUCAGAUCUCGUAACACAUUUAAUAUGCGCUAGUAAUUUUAAUGAGGAAGAAAUAAACUUGGUUACAGACCUUUAUUCCGUAACAGCUGUUCAUGAAAAAUGGAUUUUGGAUUCUGCAAAAUUAGGUCGCCUAGCUCAUGAAAAUGCAUACAAUCCUAUAUGUAAUACCUUAUUUGCCAAUAUAAAUGCAGCUGUUUGCAAUGUUAAUUUGCACGAUAAAAAACAGUUAACAGCUUUGAUUACUUAUUUUGGAGGUACCAUUAGCUCUCAUUUUACGUCUAAAACUACGCACUUAAUAUGUGGUAGAGCUGGAGGUCCUGCGUACGACAAAGCUUUAUCUUUGCCUAAAGGUUCGGUCAUACUUAUUACACCAGAUUAUAUAAUGGAUUGCUUUAGAAAAAAAGAUAUAAUUAACCCUGAAAGAUAUCACCCUAGAUUAUUAAAAAUAGACACUACAAAGUUUGCUACGAUAACAGUAAAACAAUCACAUUCUACCUCAGAUUUAGCGAGUAUAAUUGGGUUUGAUGAACCAAGGGAAAAAGUAUCUACACCAACACCUUCUACUAUAGUUGGAAGUACGCAAGGGAAUUCUUCCAGCUCAAUGGGUACACCAAUUAGUAUAAAUAUAAACAUUUUAAACUCGAAUUCACAAGAGGCAACAAUUUCAAAAAUUUCACAAAAUACUUCUCAGCAAAUUCCUCAAGUCUCACAACAAAUUCAAUUACCUCAAAGACUUCAAUCGCAAAAAUUACAGCCCCUUCAAUUUCAGCAAUUACAACAAAUGAAACAAAUUCAGUUGCAGCAACAACAAAAAGCACAACAAGCCCAACAACAAAAAGUGCUUGUACAAACAACUCAGCCACAACAAAUCCAGAUCCAGUCAUCAAAUCCAAUAACACAGCAAGUAAUUGUAAAAUCACAACCAAGCACUUCGGUACAAACAGUCACAAGCACGCAAACUCAAGCUCAGAUAUCAACGGUUGCGCAAACUAUAGUUUCUUCUCCACAAGUUUCUCAUAAUGACGUUAUUAAAACAAUUACCACGUCAGCUGGUGCAAAUGCUGUUGUUGUUACUACUGUCCCACCUAAUCAAUUGGCUAAUAUUCAACAGCACAAAGCAACUCAACAAGUUGUUUUUGUGAGACCUAAAACCGUUUCUCAACAUGGUAUUACAAUACAGAAUCAGGGGGGACAGCAAAGUACCCAGCACAUUAUUUUGCAAAAGUAUAUACAGCAGCAACCGCAAACGCAACAACAGCAACAAACUGUCACUACUCAAUUGCAAGGUCUGACUAUACCAUCAACAACACAACCGCAAACUUUAUCAACCGCGCAAAUAGUAUCGCAGUCUGUAGGGCAAAGUGCACAGCAAAUUUCGACAAGCUCUUCUCCCUCAGUUUCAACGCAACAGCAAUCUCAAAUUCAACAGAAUAUCCAUUUAAGUCAGAUUCAACCAAACUCUGCUAUAUUGCAAAUUCAAAGAAAUUUAAAAAGUCCCAACUCUCAAACUCAACUAAAUCAACAACAAAUGUUGAUAUUGCAGCACCAUCAGCAGCAGCAACAACAACAAACACAGCAACAACAAGUUCAACAACAUCAACAACAGCAACUCCAACAACAGCAGAGUCAACAACAACAACAACAGCAACAAACACAGCAACAACAAUCACAAAAUAGUGUACAUCGUCAAUCGCCACAAAUAGCGCCCUCUCGUUCACCACAGUUGCCUCCACCUUCCCCUUUAUUGCAACCUCGCUCACCCCAGGUGCUUCCCUCGUCGCCACAGAUACCACCAUCACCAUCAACACCCCAGCCACAGCAACAACAAGGACAACAACCACAUCAAUCGCCACAGCAUCAGGCAAAUAUACAAAUGUCUCCACAACCUUCAACGCCUAUUUCAAACGCACCUCCAGUACCACAAUCAAGUCAAAUAGCAACACAAUUGCAGCACAAUUUAAGGCAGCAACAAAUUCUCACUCAGCAGCUAAGUAAUCCAUCUUGUACGCCGCAACAACAACAAACCAUACAAAAUCAUUUAAACACUUUGGCACGCAAUCAACAAAUUUUACAGCAACAGUUGCAACAAAUUCAGCAGAUAAGUCAACAACUCCAGCAACAAAGUCCAAGAAUGCAGCACAAUCAAAGUCCACGUCUUCAACAGAAUCAAAGUCCUAUAAUACAGCAACAGUCUCCUCAAAACUCUAUUCCAAUGCCUUCACAAUCUCCAUUACAGCAACAAUCUCAACAAAUUAUUCAACAAAUUGCUUCAUCACCACAAAUGACACCACCACCACAAUCUCCGCAACCUAACAGUAACGGUUUAGCUGGCAACACUAUUGCUGUGCAUCAGCACUUAAGGCAACAACUACAACAAAAUAGACAGCAACAAAUACAAAUACAACGUCAAAAUUCAUUGCAAGGUAAUACCCCUACGACUAUUCAACAACAAAUACUUUUAAACCAACAGCAGAAAGUUCAAAAUGUACAAACUCAACAAUUACAAGGUCAACCUGUACAACAGAGCUCUCAGCAAAUUAUUUCUAAACAAAUUUUGGUUACUAAGCCUAUUGAUCCAACAGACCCGGUACAAGUCGCUCAACUCUUAAGUCGGGCAAGUCCAAGUUCAAGUCAACAGCUAUUAGACCCUAAUAUGCUUCUCAGGCAACAGAUGACUCAAAUGAAGAACCAAAACAUACAUCAACAGCACCAGCAACAACAACAACAACAACAGCAGCAGCAACAACAACAACAGCAGCAACAACAACAACAACAGCAGCAGCAGCAACAACAACAACAGCAACAACAACAACAACAGCAACAACAACAGCAGCAACAACAACAACAGCAGCAGCAACAACAACAACAGCAAACUCAACAACUUCAACAACAACAACAGCAAACUCAACAACUUCAACAACAGCAGCAACAAUUACAACAGCAGCUUCAACAAGCUACACAACAACAGCAAAUUAUUUCUCAAUCUCCUCAUCAGUCACCGCAGCAUCAACAAAUUAUAAUUAACCAAGGAGGAAAUCAAAUAAUUACGCAACGCCAUGUUAUUAACACUUCAACUACACAAGGUCAACAAAUUAUACAAAGUCAUAUGUUAAAUAUACAACAGCAACAACAAAAACAGCAACAGUUUGUUCAAAUUCAGCAGCAACAACAACAAUCGCAGCAACAUCAUAAGACUAUAGGUCAAGCCCAUUUUCAGACUGCCAGUGGUCAACAAGUUAGAAUAAUUCAACAGCAAAUUCCAGCUCAAAAUACCCAACAAAUACAACAUCAAGUUAUUCAACAACAAUCAAUUAUUCCGGAUACACAAUCACAACAACAACAACAACAACAGCAGACAUCGCAAACGCAGCAAUUAAUAGGUGGCUCAAAUAAUCAACAAAAGAUUAUACAACAAGUUAUUCAACAAGCUGCACAAGCGAAUGUUGGAUCGCAAACAACUAAACCUUCAUUUCAAACUAAAUAUAUUAUUAGUCAACAACAAUUUAAUCAAUUGAACCCCCAACAACGACAGCAAAUAUUACAAAAUCAAGGUCAACAAAAUAUAAUAAUUGUAAAUCAUUCUCAACAGGCAGUGCAAGCUCAAUCAAAUACAUCCAAUCAAAUCGUACCACCAAAUGUCGAAAUACAACAACAAAUUUUGCAACAAUCACCUGGUAAUACUUCUCAAACCAUAAUUGAUGGACAGGUUGUUAACCAGAUUAAUUCACCUCCCCAUCAAAAUCCAAAGCUUAGUCAGCUUCUUAACAUACAGAAGGCUCAAAUUCCGCAGCAGCAAAUUCAGCAAAUUCAAGGGCAAAAAACUGCUCAAGGAGGAACAAUAUUUCAGCAAAUUACUGGCAACACUCCGGCAACACCAGUAGAAGAAAUAGAGCCAACAUUAAACAUAGCGUCUGUUCAGCAAACUACUCAAACACAGCAAAUACAAGGGCCACAGCAAAUAAUAUUAAGAAGUGAUUUACCUUUAAAUCAACAACAAAUUCAACAACAGCGUUUGCAAUUCAUUCAUCAGCAACAACAGCAACAGCUCCAGUUGCAAUUACAAAAUAAACAAAAUUCAACAGGACCUCAACAAGUGCCUACACAACAAGUUAUAAUUCAGCAACAACCGGGGCAACCAAACAUCAUUCAACAGGUAAUACAACAAGGGCAAAUUAAUUCCCCAGGGGCUAAUUUACAACAACAAGUUAACCAGCUUCCAAGUUCUCAGUUGCAAUCCCAAAAAAUUCAAAUUCAAAACCAAAUAGUAUUACAACCGCAACAAAAUCAGCAAAUUCAACAACAUCAGCCUCAAAUGCUGCAAAACAGUGGUAUAACUUCCGUUAUUCAAAAUGAUCAACUGAUGCAACAGCAAUCUCCACAAAACCAGCCAAUCGGAACGCAAAUUGCAGUACAAAAUCAAACCAUUUUAUUUCAACAGCCUGCAAUGCAAACGCAACAAAUUUUACAACAAUCGCCUUGGACACAAAAUGCUACUAUAAUUCAACAGCAACAACAGCAACAACAGCAACAACAGCAACAACAGUCGCAACAAUCGCCACAAACGCAACAAAUGAACCAGCAAAUUUCAACUCAAGCGGGAAAUCCCCCUAUAAUACAACAACAAUUCAUCAGAACAGUUCGACCAGCUCAGUGGACACCCGGCACUCCUGGACCUCAACGUCAACUCAUACAAUUAGAUGAUAAAAGUCACGCCCAGUUUAUGGCUUUAGAUCCUGUAAAAAAAGCGGAAUAUAUUGCAAAAAUUCAGCAACAAAACAAGCAACGACUUCUAUUGCGUCAACAAGUAUACCCAGUUCGUCAAGGUGCACCAGGAGUCGCAAGUACUUCCCGCCCUACACAACAUAUUAUUGUACAAAGUCAAAUGCCGUCUGGUUUGACUCAACAGCAGCAAAUGCAAUGGCUUCAGCAACAAGGAGCAAGACAGGUUCUGGUUCGCACUACAAGUCAAAAUGGAACUCCAACACUUAGUCCACUAACACAACAAAAUAUAAAUUCAGCUAGUGUUGGUAAUACUAACGAUGGGGCACAACAACAAGUGCAACAAAUUCACACUGUUGUUGAUGUGGCCGGUAAUCCCGUACCACAAAAUGCACAGCAACAAAUAUUGUUGCAACAACGACAGCAACAACAACAAUUGCGUUAUCAACAACAUCAGUUACAAAGAGGCGAUCAAAGCAAACCAUUUGCAAAUGAUACGCAAACCAUUCAGGUUGGUGCACAAACGGUCGUGACUGGUACCACAACUCCAACCAUUAUUAAUCAGGUUGUUGGCCAGCAGUCGUCACAAACGAUUGCUCCAAAUGUAGUUGUGGGACCCAAUUCUGAAAUCCCACAAAAUGUAACAAUUAGUGGCAAUGCUGCAAAUAUCAAAACAAAAACAGCUCUUGCAACAAUGUUGAAUAGCCGCCGUUCCAGUACCGCUGGAGCUGUGGGUACCGUAAUAAAUCAAAACGAUAUUUCAGUGCCAAAUGUUGUUGUACCGCAAAGCCCUACUGGACCGCCGACACAAGGCAGCAUUAUUAAUGUUCAAACUGCUGGUACACAAAGUACGCAGGUGGAGCCUUCAGCAGCGGGAACACUUCGUUUAAUGACUGCUCAACAUAAUGCUGCUUUAAGCCAGAGCGUAGCUGGUACAACACCAAUUAGGACACAACAAGAGCUUUUGGCACUGCAACAACAACGUCGUGCAGCUAUGUUGGCCAAUAACCCUCAAAUUCUUUCAGGUAAUCAAGUAGUUGGACAGAUAGCAAGCUCUGGACAGCAACUAAUUUCGCAGCAAUCACAGCAACAAAUAAUAGUACCAACAAAUAUUCCUCAAUCAUCCCAAGCUCCAAAUGCUGGAGUAAUAAAAGGUCCUUUCAGCGCCGGCGUUAGGGGACCACCGCUUCCAAUACAACCCCCACGACCCCAAUUUUAUGGACAUAAUCCAAAUCUAAAGCUGCCGCCAAAUUUAUACUUAUUGGGUUGCACAUUUUUUAUUGUGGAAUACGACGAUGAUAGAAUUGAAAGCGAUGAGAGUGAUGAUGAAGGAGAUGAGAAUCGCUGUAAUAACAAUCGCUUGGACCAUAUUGAUAAAACCAUAUUUUUAAUAAAAAACGCUGGCGGAGAAGUUGAAAAUGUUUACUGUCAACGUGUAACACAUGUUUUGUGCCGAACACAACGUCAUGGAGUAGUGAUGCAAGCUUUGCGUGACUCAAAACGAUGUGUGACCAUAUAUUGGCUUCGAGAUGUAAUGCGAAAAAAAUUAGUUUUUCCACCAUGUCAAGCUCUUCACUUACCAGCUCCAAGUAUUUUUGGGAUUCAAAAACCAGCAACAAAGCAUUUAAUUUCUGUUUCUGGAUUCGAAGGUGAGGAACGUGAACGAAUUCGAGCUAUGAUUGAAGAAUCGGGAGCUUGCUACACAAAAACAUUUAGCAGAGCGAAUACUAUAUUAAUUUGUCGUAAACUAGAAGGUGAAAAGUAUAAAAAAGCCAAAGAAUUGAACACUCCGAUUGUUAAUGCAACAUGGUUAAGUGAUGUUUGUCUUGGAAAUUUGAGUACAAUGUCUCAAUAUGAUAAUCCAAAAUAUCAACAAUAUAAUAUACCAGGUCCUCUUCGUAUAGAUUAUGGAUUAGUUCCUCAAUUGAUGGCUGCUUGGAAAGCACCUAUUAAUUUGACUCAAGAAGCUCAUGAGCGCGUCAAAAGGCACUUAACGGAUCCAGCGGAGCCAAAAUUAAAACGUCAGAAAAUCGAGCCAAUGGAAGAAAUUCCGGAUAAUAUGGUUUGUGUUGAAUAUCCACUUCCAGAUAAUGCCCCAAGAAUUUUUCUCUUUCAAGUUAAUAAUCUUAAUGGUAUAAAAAACGCUAUAAAUGUAUUAGGAGGAAUUGUUGUGGAAAAUGUGACUGAUGCUACACAUAUAGUUAUGACAACAAAAAAAAAUAGAACAACAAAAUUUUUAAUUGCACUACUUUAUGUAAAAUAUGUCUGCCACAGUGAUUGGAUAGUUGAAAGCGCUAAAAAUGGGAAAUUUCUUCCAGAAUAUAACUUCAAAAUUACUGACACAGAACUGGAAAAAAAAUUUCAAUUUAACAUAGAUAAAAUUUUGGAAUCACCAAUUCGUCAAAAGCUUUUUGAAGGAAAAAUAUUUUAUAUCACACCUUCAGUUUUUCCAUCCUUGAAGGAUAUGAUUUCUUUAAUAAAAUCUUCUGGUGGACAAAUCGAAGAUAAACGUCGAUCAAAGGUUUCAAUUGCUGAAUUGAAUUCACAAUUACCAAAUCGUUAUGUAAUAGUCUCUUGUUAUGAGGAUAUGCCAUUUUUUUAUGAUAUUAUGCAGCAAAGUAAUUCUGUAAAGUGUCAAAUAAUUGCGACCGAAGGUGUAAUUAUUUCAAUAUUACAACAAAAAAUUAAUUUUAAAGAUUAUAUGAUUGCAUUUAGUAAUAACAAUAACGAUCAAAAUAAUAGUUACAAUAACAACAGCAAUAGUAACAUAAAUAAUAUAAAUAACAAUAAUAGUAAUAGUAAUAAUAAAAACAAUAAUAAUAUCAACAAUGAUAACAAUAAUAAUAACAGCAACAUUUAUUUAAGAGAUGAUAAUGGAUGUAAUAGCAGUUACACAAACAAUAACUGUAACAGCAAUAACAGUAAUCAUGAAAAUGGUAAUCACGACAGCAGUAGUAGUAAUAUAAAUAAUAUUAAUGAAAGCGUUAAUGAUAACAGCGCUAACAAUAUAAUAAACAGCAACGGCCAUAUUAAUAAUAGUUCUAAAACAAAAAAAGAGAAAAAAACAUCGUUAUUUGAUGAGAAGAAAAGGUUUUAACCGGAAAUACUUUUCUCUUGCAUGAAAAUUCGAUUAUAACUUAUAAAAAAAGUUACAAGCGAUUUUGUUUAAAAAUUUUAUACAUUUUAAUGUGUAAUUAGGACUUUUACAUGAUAGUAAAAGAGUAGAAAAUAAGGAUAUUAAAUAUGUAUUUUUGAAACGAUAAUUAUUUUGUAAACAAACAAGAAAUAAAA